CCGAGGCGGGCGCCCUGCCCUAUUCUCCCCUAGGGGCUGGGGCGCGCCCUUCGGCCCGCAGAACCCAGCCUGCGGCCACGCGCCAGCCCAAUUGCGACGAGUCUUCGCCUUUGCACCUCCUCUUCCCCCUCUGCCCUCCCUCUCGCCCAAAGAGGAGGCCCUCCGGGUCCCAGGCUCCCUGCCGCUUUAUCGUGCGGCCCAGGGUUAUGCAUUCCUCUACUAAGUGUCUCCGGCCACCGCUUCCAUCGAGGCACAGACACGGGAAGGCUGUUUUCCAAAUUGCUGUUGUUAAUUGCACCUGCCUGGCCGAUUACCUCUGGGAAUCUGUGGGAGGAGCCGAGAGGUGGAAAAUGUUGCUUAGCUCUGCAGAAGGAGGAAAACUUUAUCACCCUGCACGAGACUUCUGCCACGCGUAACCAAAAGCAGCACGGGCCGCGACUCUGCACCCGAUGAUUCCGUAGGAGAAAGAGGACGCUCCAACCCGGCAUUCCGCGGUCCGCCAGCCCCUCGGGUGGAGCCCCGCGUGUUACCUGCGCCACCCGCCCUUCCCGCGGAAGUCCCCACGAGGUGUUUUCAGGGUGGGAGGACAGUCAUAAAAAGCGCGUGGCUCCAGUGUAACGGCAGCAGCCCUGGGAGGCAGCGAGGGGACCGAACCCCGGGGACGAGGCACUGGAAUUAACUUCUAGCUAAAGUUAUGGGAAGCGCAGCCAUGGACACCAAGAAGAAGAAAGAGGUUUCCAGCCCUGGCGGGAGCAGUGGCAAAAAGAACCCUAGCCUGAAGAGGCGGUCACUGCGAGUGCACAUUCCGGACCUGAGUUCCUUUGCCAUGCCACUCCUGGAUGGAGAUGUGGAGAAUUCAGAAAAGCACUCUUCUCGGAAGGUGGACGGUCCCUUUAGCUCAGGCAGCCCCUCCAGAGGACUCUUCUCCAAGGGCCCCCAGCCCCGGCCCUCCAGCCCUGUGUCUGCUCCUGUGAGGCCCAAGACAAGCCCUGGCUCUCCCAAAACUGUGUUCCCGUUCUCCUACCAGGAGUCCCCUCCACGCUCUCCACGCCGGAUGAGCUUCAGUGGGAUCUUCCGAUCCUCAUCCAAAGAGUCUUCACCCAACUCCAACCCGUCUACCUCUCCUGGGGGCAUCAGGUUCUUCUCGCGGUCCAGAAAAACCUCCAGUGUCUCCUCGUCUCCAUCAACACCCACCCAAGUGACCAAGCAGCACCCAUUUCCCCUGGAGUCCUACAAGCAGGAGCCUGAACGCCUAGAAAGCCGCAUCUAUGCUUCCUCAUCCCCACCGGACACCAGCCAGCGCUUCUGCCUGGCCUUUCAGAGCCCAGUGCGGCCUCCUCUGGCAUCCCCCACGCACCAUGCGCCUUUGAGAACUGCGGCGCUGGCGGCGGCCCCGGGACCCGCGGAAGCCGGCAUGCUGGAGAAGCUGGAGUUCCAGGAGGAAGAAGACUCAGAAAGUGGCGUUUAUAUGCGAUUCAUGAGGUCACACAAGUGUUAUGACAUCGUUCCAACCAGUUCAAAGCUUGUUGUCUUCGACACUACGUUGCAAGUCAAAAAGGCCUUUUUUGCCUUGGUAGCCAACGGAGUUCGUGCGGCGCCGCUGUGGGAGAGCAAAAAGCAGAGCUUUGUAGGAAUGCUCACGAUCACAGAUUUCAUAAAUAUACUACACAGAUACUAUAAAUCACCCAUGGUACAAAUUUAUGAAUUGGAGGAACAUAAGAUUGAAACGUGGAGGGAAUUGUACUUACAAGAAACCUUCAAGCCUUUGGUGAAUAUCUCUCCAGAUGCCAGCCUCUUCGAUGCUGUAUACUCGUUGAUCAAAAAUAAAAUCCACAGAUUGCCAGUUAUUGACCCUAUCAGUGGGAAUGCACUUUAUAUACUCACCCACAAACGAAUCCUCAAGUUCCUCCAGCUUUUUAUGUCUGAUAUGCCAAAGCCCGCCUUCAUGAAGCAAAACCUGGAUGAGCUUGGAAUAGGAACGUACCACAAUAUUGCCUUCAUCAACCCAGAUACUCCCAUCAUCAAAGCCUUGAACAUCUUUGUGGAGAGACGGAUAUCUGCACUGCCUGUGGUGGAUGAGUCAGGAAAAGUUGUAGAUAUUUAUUCCAAGUUUGAUGUCAUUAAUCUUGCUGCUGAGAAAACGUACAAUAACCUAGACAUCACAGUGACCCAGGCCCUGCAGCACCGCUCACAGUAUUUUGAGGGUGUGGUAAAGUGCAGUAAGCUGGAAACACUGGAGACCAUCGUGGACAGAAUAGUGAGAGCCGAGGUCCAUCGACUGGUGGUAGUGAGUGAAGCAGAUAGUAUUGUGGGUAUUAUCUCCCUGUCGGACAUCCUGCAAGCCCUGAUCCUCACACCAGCAGGUGCCAAACAGAAGGAGACGGAGACCGAAUGACCACCGUGAAUGUAGCCGCCCUCCCAGGAGAACUUGAACAAAGUUUUGCCUCAUGAACACUGGCUGCAGUAGAAGAGAAUAAAAUGGCUAAGAAUGUAUAUCAGGGUUUAGCGAUGGGUAUUUUUCCAGUGAUUUGUAUAAGUAUAGGAAAAGAUUUAAUGUGCUUGAAGAUUCAGGCUUGUGUUCAAAGACUGUCCUCAGACCUGUCUGAAGGAUUUUCAAUGCUGUAUGUCAUUAAAGUGCACUGUGUCCUGAAAUAGUACUACUUUUCAUUUCAAAGAAGUCACUGGGAUGGAACAGGUGACAAAGUGAGUGAACGGCACGUCCAGAUCACGGUGCCUUACGUCCAAACGCAAUAUGUCACCGCCGCUGCCGCACGCCCCAAAGUGCUGCUGAAGAGACACCCAACCCCGAGUGUGAGCAUCUUCAAACCUUUUACCCAAUCUCUUUUCAUUCAAUUGGUUGAAAAGUUUUAAUUUGAAUAUAGGCAACUGAAAACGUCGAGUGAUGCUUCUAAGUGCUACAUGUCCUGUUCUGGCUACCUUGUCAGCGAGGCUGGCUUGGCAACAGCGCUUUGUUUUUACUCUCAUGUAGGUUUUCUACACAUCUUUUGGUGAGUGGACUUCACCAUACCUACGAAUAAAACCUUGAUUGUUCUCUCAAGUGGAAAAAAUCUCUCGAGAUUUUAGUUUGGAUCUGGAAAGGUUAUGCCUUCCAAAACAGACACUGUUGGGUCUUUAAACGUUUAUGGGAAUGUACCGUGGUCGCAGGGAUGAAGUACCAGAAGACGUCUGUUUUUGUUUUUUUUUUAUUGUGUGUUGAAAUGUAAACUCAUGAUGUUCGUGUGACCGCUGACAAGACGCUUGUAACUUUUAUUGUGACACAUAAAACAGUAUUGUCAUGCAGUUGAAGGGAAACAGUCCCCCAUGUCAGUGCUCUGAAAAUGUUGACACUAUAUAUCUGUGUAUAUAUAUAUGAGCAGAGUUUGGGGGGUUGUUUUAGGGUUUUGUUUUGUUUUCCAGAUUGAAAAUUAAAAUAAAUCCUAUCUACCA